UCUUCAACCGCGACAUGGCCGCCACCGAUGGCCAAAUCAUAUUGGCCGCCUCCCGAUUCGGCGAUGCCACGCCCGUCUACUUGCGCGACUUCUCCAAACAGCCCCUGCCGGCGGUGGCCAAGAUCCUCAAGGGCCAGCACCAGGCCCUCGGCGUGCCCACGCUCUCGGCCCCCUCGCUGCAGAGCACGGCCCUGUUCCUGAGCGCCGGCAAAAAGUACCAGAUCCUCGCGCAGCCCAUCAAGAUCAAGGAGGGUCGCAAGCCCACCAAUGUGGGCGCCAAGGUGCUCAUACCGGAGACCUAUGGCGGCUACUUUGAGCUGCUCAGCGAGGAUGGGCGCUCCACGCGCUGCAUUGACUCGGUCCUGGAGCUGUCGCGCCGCCGCAAUGCCCGCGUCCUUGUGCGGGAGACGUUCCGCUGCCAGCAGAUGAACCGCACCAUACACGCGGGCGAGCUGCUGACCACGAUGAACGACAAUGGCAAGUACCUGCAGUGCCGCAACAUCAAGGACGAGAUCAUCAAUCUGCCACUCGAUACCAAAGCCAAGUUCUCGGCCAUAGCGCGCGAGGACAGCAUCAGCGGUGUGCACACCGUCAAGAAUCUGCUCCUCAAGCGGAUGCCAGUCAUUGUGAGACUCGUCCAUGGCAGUGCCCCCAAGGGACUGAAGCAACCGUUUGUGCCGGAACUGCGGCUGCUGGGAUGCGUGGAAAUCGAUCGGAUCUUUGCCCUGCCCCUGCAGAAGGACACCGAUCUGGUGCCAGUGCCCCUGAACGCCAAGAUCAAGCUGCAGCGGGUCAAGAACAUGGAGCAGCUGGAGCACUUUAUCGAGUACACGCGCUUCCUGGAGAAGGCGCAACGCCUGCUGGCGGAUGCGCGCGAUCGCCUGCAGAUCGUCGAUCUCAAGCUGAGCGAGAAGGAGAAGAAGGACUCCAAGUUCCACAGUCGGAAUGGCAGCGGCAACCGGCUGCCCGUGGUGAUGCUGCCCUCGGCCGCGGGCAUGGCCAGCGGACUGGCGGAGAGCGGCUAUGUGCUGCGCAAGAGCGCCAGCUGCGACUCCUGGUCCAAGCAGCACCAGCAGGCGUUGAACAGCGAGAUAGCCGAGGAGUACAACGAGAUCGAUCACAUUUACGACUAUGUGCGUGGCCUGACACCCCUCUCCAAGGGCCUGGCACGGUUCGAGCCCAUCUGCGAGUCGCCCACACUGAAGUCGCACCACACGGACAGCGGCAGCGGCAACUACUGCAGCCUCAUCCGUGCCCCCAUACCCCAUCAGCAGUCGAGUCAGCAAGCGGCUUCCUCCUCCGCCAACAACAACUACAGCAGCCUGGAGUCGAACAAGCACAGCAGCAGCAACGGUGGCGGCCAUCAGCAUCAGCAUCCCCAUCCGCACCAGCACCAGCAUCCGCAUCCGCAUCAGCAUGGCCAUGGCCAUCACAUGGUGAAUCAUUAUCACCACAGCCAUAUACAGGAGGACAUCAAGCCGGUGCCACCGCCCAUUGAGACGAUACCCGGCAAGAAGCCGGCGGAGAAGCGUCAACGUCCCACACUACCAAAGCUUUACAUCAAGAAUGCCAAUGCCCAUAGUGCCGGCAGCAGCAGCAACGGCAACUCCACGGGCACCGGCACCGGCACCGCCACCACCCACAGUCACAGCCACAGUCACAGCCAUAGUCACAGUCACAGUCACAACCAUUCGCAGCAGCAGCAGCAGCAACAGCAGUUGCAGAUGCAACAACAGGCGACGACCCCCAAUGGAAAUACGGCGAAUGCUGUGGCCAAUGCGGCUGCUGCUGCAGUGGCCGCUGCCCAUCAUCAUGGAUCCUUGCACAACCACUCGCAUAGCUCCCAUCCACACGCGCAUCCCCAUCCUCAUCCCCAUCACGGCAAGGUGCUGACGCCGCAGAAUCAUUUGCCAGCCAAGGAGUCGCUGGAGCCGCAAUCGCCGCUGUUUCACAUCAGGUACAAGAGCCUCAGUAGCCUGCAGUUGACGCCGGACAACAAUAAUACACCCAUGACGCCGCCGACGAUCUCAGCCCAUGGCAAGGCAGCGGCAGUACCGGCGUCCAACGCAUCGCCAGGCACACCACCCGAAGUGGUGCUCAAGUGUGGCAGCAUUCUUAAUGCGCACGGCUAUCUCUCGUCAGGGGCACCGGCCACGGCAAUGGGGAUGCCGAUGCCGAUGCCGCACAGCCGCAGCUCCAGCAGCAAUAAUCAUCACAAUCCGCGCGAGGGUACGUUGGACUCGUCGCGCAGCGGCGGCCGGACAUCGGGGGACUCGAACAAGCUGCCGGAGAAGAAGACGCGACGCUUGUCACGGCCCAGAAGCCUGUCGAAUCUGGUGUGGGACUUGCGGCCAUCCAAAGAGAAGUCCAAGAAGAAGCUCUAUAUACAUCAUUUCGAUCAAAGGCAGCAGGCGACGUUGUAUCUUUAGAGGAGAGGAUGUCAAUGUAGAAGUAGCUAAAGAUGAUGAUGAUGAUGAUGAUGAUGAGGAAGUAGAGUAGCAGAAGAUGAUGUUAAUGAUGAUGAUUCGUUGCCAACUCGUUUCUAGCUGCCAUCGACCCCCAACUACAAGCAACACAGCAUAAAUAAA